CCUUUCUUUCUUCAGCGUCAGCGGCGUCUGCAUUUUCUGCCGUCGCAUUGCAUUCUUUUCUUUGUUCUCGUUCUCGCUCUCCGGCUCUCGCCUUCUUUCUUGGAAGUUGGAACGGUUUAGAUUUUUGAUACCUCGUGGUCUCGCGCUCGUACUCUUUUGUUUUUGCGUACGAAUUUUACUGGAAAUCGUCAUCUAUGUUCUAUGACUUCUAUGAAGUCAUUGAAGUGUCGCGAGUUGCGUAAGCAUUGAAAAGUAAUGGUUCGUAUUUUGUAAAGUAUUUCGAUACCGAAAGCUUCGAGUGUUGUGAUAUGAUAUUAGAUUCUAGACUCUAGUUUGUUCUUGAAUCUAAUUGCUCUGAUACGUUCGCCGGUUCUCGCUUCUCGAUCACGUUGAACUGAAAAUAAGUUCGUAGAUCGCUCGUAUAUUUUACCAAGUAUUUUAAAUAAUUCACUUCAGCGGCUUUUUGCUAGGACGACUAUUAGCUGAUUUUCAGGUUCCAGAAUAAGAUAUCUACUCGAUUGAAUGCGAUUUCUUGUUGCGUGAAAAUUGGAAUAUUUACGAAAUAUUGUUGAACUUUUCGCGUUAACGGACGAAAAUGUGGAGCGAAGAAGAGUCAAGUGAUUCAGAAUUCGAAGCUCGAUACCUGGAACAUGGUGAUUGUAAACCAAUUUCUGCGCCAAGGUUGGAAACAAUGGCAUCGGUUAGCGCAGCAAUCGCUUUAUGGAAUCACGCCACCGUCACGAUGCCUCGUUUAAUCAGAAAUAACCCGUUUGAUCGUUUGAAAGGAGAAAUACUCAAAUGGAUUGACGAAUUACCGGUGCCCAAGUUGUUAUCUGAAUCGAUCGAACGCCAUUUGCACGCCCUACAGCAUAAUGCAAAUCUCUGGUUAUACUACAUUUCUGAAGAAGUAUUUGACUGGGCAAUAGAAAGACCUGUCCUUUAUCAGCUCGUCAACUAUAUUAUUUGGCAUUCCAGUGGAACCGUCAAUUCUGCAGAAACGGCUCGAAAUUUAUUAAAAUCUGAUAAAUUGACAAUUACGAUGAAGUUUCACCUUGCGUGUAAGUAUUGUCUGCGCGAAGAAAUAGAAGAAAUAUGGCCCAUGGUGAGAGAUGACCACCACCUCGUUAGCCAAUUUCAGUUCUCUGAGUACGCCUUAGUAUAUUAUUGGAGAUAUUACUGCGCUGAUAAUUUGGAUAGAAUACAAACACCGGGAAAUGCGAGUAUCGAUGAGUUCAUGAUUAAGAUAAGGUCUGUCAAUAACUGGCCAGCCAUCGAGUACUUUUUUGACCGUUUAGAUGCAGAAAAACAAAUUACACAAACUAUUUGGUCGAUUGACGAGCGCGAAUCAUCUGUUCAGAAAUUCUUAUUGGCGAAGCUUGAUGAAUCUCAACGUCUGCGUGUCAUCGCCAAAAGAGGUGUCAAAAUCCUAGAUAACUACAUCUUGUAUGGAAGUGUAAUUGAUAAGGAAGGUGAUUUAACAAUUUCAACGUGGUAUGAACUUCGUGAUUUCAUCACCGAAAAGCAAUUCGUUAAAUUAAUUACCGCGCUGUUAAGAACCGAUGGUGAAGAUUUUAUUUUAACAGAAAUUUGGAACUCCGCUCGAGACGAUUUCAAGCGUCAUACUAUUUUGAAGUACGGCGAUGAUGGUUUCAUUAGAAAAAUAUUGGAUUGGUGCGUUUAUAGAUCGAAUCAGAGCACCACUUUUCUAUCAGUUGUGUUGAUGAAUCACGUUAGUGCAGACAUUAGACGAGAAAUCACGAAGAAGACAUUUUUCAGCGAAUGGUGCGAAAGAUUAAUUCGUAGAAAUGCUGUAGAAGUGCUUGACCAGCUGAUAAACUCGUGUUUUCCCGCAGCAGAAGAAUCGACAAAAUUCAAACUAACUCUCACCAAAACUUCGUAUUUUGGUAAACACUGCAAAUCACUGGUGGAUUAUCAUGAAACCCAAGAGCUGGCGAAUUUGUUGAAUGUAGUCUUCCCAAAAACAGAUCCUUCAUCGGUACAAUUAGUACGUAAAUUGUUGAACAAAUGUUUGGGAAUUCUCGAUCAGCAAUGUUUGACUUAUUAUUCGACUGGUAAUUUGAAAGGAUUGAUUAAUUUACUUGCUCCGCUCGCCUCAUCGUAUCCAGAAAUCAUUUCCAACUACAAAAGUAAACUACUCAUGUCACGUGCUGGUUUCAAUGCUUGUGUAAAGCAUUUCGGUUCGACGAAUUAUGUGUUGGUUGAAAUUAUAGCCGAUGGUAUUCCAGCUAAUCAGGCUGCCGAGUUCAAAAAAAGGAUUAUUUGUUCGUACGAGGGGAUUGACAAACUGCAGAAUAUGUUGAUCAAUGGGUAUUCGAGCAGGGCGAAAAAAUGGGCUUGCUUAUUUCUCGAAUCUGACACUGAUAAAAAGAUCUUGAGGACGUUAUUGAUCGAUCGCCUGAAAGAAGGAAAACGUGAUGUUCCUACCAAAACAAGAAGAAGGUUUUUAGAGUUCUUAUUGUAAUUAUUUUCAAAUAUGCGGUGAUUAGUUCAUUAAGUUCUUAAAGUUGGUAUUCUUGUUGGCCUAUUAUUACAACUAUAUUUUUAAAAUGUUUUAACGCGUUUUUACUUGUGGCGUUCUUGUUUUGUUCGUUUUUUUUUUUUUUUUUUUUUUUUACAUUUCUGUUAUCCCAAAAAACUGAUUCAUGGUGUUGUCGAAUGAGUAUGAUCAAGAGUAUUAGUUUAUCUUGAACGUUUCGUAGCAUUAUUGUUCAGAAAAAAAGUUUACAAUAAUUUUAUCAAUAAUUUGUUUCGUAGUUAUUCAGGAUUGUUUUUCGUGUUACUCACUUGAGUACCUACUACAUUUAUGAGUUAGUUUUGUACUAUGUAAUUGAGUUGUGACCUGAAUUUCGUUCGUUUUUCCAUAUCUCUGUUAUUGGCGUAUUAAGUGAAUCGGUGGGUACGGAAAGGGGCUAAGUCACAUUUUCGCAUUUUUCAGGAAUAACAAAAAACUGAUUUAUUUGAAAAUCAAAAAUUUUUGGUAAACAUGUUUAAGGUCAUUGAAAGAGGACCCCAAGACACAAUUUUUAGCACUGUUUAGAAAAAAAAAUAUUCACGUGCGCCGGCGCUGUUGCUGCCUAAACAAAUGGGACUUAGACCCUUUCUGCACCCAAUCGACAAAAUUUCUUUUGAAAUUGCUCGGGCACGAAUGGGGCUUGAUUCUACAUCUAAGUACAUCAUUUAGACUGCUAUUUCGUUUAAAUUGACCGAAAACCCCUUUAGUUCUAAGACUUUUUGCCGAAGUUGUUAAUUUUUUCAUCAUUUUUCAGUUCAGAGAUUAACUUAAAUUUCAAAAAAUGGUCUUCUCAAAAAUGUUGGUUAUUUUUCAAGGAAUUUAAAAAAUUUUACAAAAAAGUCAUAAAUGCGGAUCCGCCCUUUUUCUGCGCCCAAAUACCACUUUCCCGGCAGUUUUGUGGAAAUCUGACAUCACCAGUCGAUCCGCCGUACUUUAAAACCCCUAUAUCGGUGAAAAAAAAAAUUUCCAAAAAUGUGACUUGCUCCCUUUCUGCACCCACCGAUUCAAGUGUUGAGUGUUGAAAUAAUAUUGGUUUUAGAAGGUCUCGUAAUUGGAAAUAAUUUUAGAAGGAAUUAAAUUUUAAACGCCUGUGUACUGAUUGAUUUUUUUCACGAUUAAUCUUUCAAAAUACUUAAUGUCGUUAAAAUCGUCAAUUAAAUUCUUUUACAUUUUUUGAAAAUUUGUUAUGUUGAAAAUAGUUUAUUAUUCGCCCAAUUCCAUUCCAUAAGUAAGGACUUUGAAAGUGAAAAUAAAAUCAAAAAUUGAAAUGAUGAAAAUUGUAUUUUAGACAUCUGCUGGCUUGAAAAAAAUCUUGAGAUGUUUGAAGACAUUAAGAACAGCGAAAAGCUUGAAUAUAAAAUUCUGCCUAGCCCACCGCGCCCCUCUCAAAAAAUCCCAAAUGUUUGAGAAAUGUCCUGCUAAAAUCAUGUUUUUUCAUUUUGAAAUUUUUUUAGACGCCCUAGCUGUAGAUCCGCACAUUUUACUCGAAGGGGAAAAUAUCUCGAAAUGAAAAUUUUCAAAUAUUCUAGCUCUCGAUUCGCUCGGGCCAAUUUGUUUCACAUUUUCAGGCUUCCAAAAAUCAAAAAAAAAAAAAAAAAUUUUCAUAAGUCAUAUGAAUAUUGUAUCAAAUGGCCAAAAUUGAUGCAUGUUUUAUUUAUUUAUUUUUAAUUUAAAAAGUGAAUUAUCGAAGUUGAGCUGUUUUUUAUACCCAAAGAAGUAUCCAGUUCGAAGAGAAGCUCAUGAAAUAAAAUCACCCCCCCCCCACCCCAAUGUCUCUUCUAUGAAAGUGUGGGGUAUGCAUAGAAAAUGGAAAAAAAUGGUCUGGAAAAAUGUAAAAAUUUUUCUGGAAAACCUGGAAAAGUCAGGGAAAAUCAUUUCCAGAAAUGAGUGUACACCCUGUUAUAAAUGUUGAAAUUUGAAAUUCCAAGUAAUUUUGAAAAAAUCGGACCUGCAAUAAAAAAUUUUAAAAUUAAUGUUAAAUAAAUUGUGGAGAAAAAAUCGCAAAUUGAUAGAAAUAAAAUUGAAACAAUAACAAGCAUGAAAGAAAAAGUUGAAAUUUCGAAAAAAUUGAUCUGCAAUUCGGGAUAAAAACAUUCGGGAUUUUGGGUUGGGGAUUUCACCUGAAAAAUUUCGUUAGAUACCCUGAACAUGGACCUUCGUCCCUCAAUCAGCAAAAAUACUUAACGAACUUGAAAGGGAAAUUAUUAUUGAAGUCAGUUUCAUGCGUUGACUGGUUUUUUCAUGUCAAUGAAAUCUCCAAUGAACUGUUGUGAGGGCUCGUCAAAUUUCAAUAUUUUUCAGAGAUUGAGUAGAAAAAGUAUACUAAAAUCGGAAAAAUGAAUUUGAACGUCUUGAGUCUUGU